AUGAACAUUAGUUCAGUCGUAUCUACUGAUUUUAGUGGAGAUAAAUCAUAUACUGCCUUCAAAGAAGACAAUUUUACAAAUUAUUUAUUAAAUAACUGCAUUGCAUAUACCUUAAGUAGUGGUGUUUUACUCAUACAGGAUGAAAAUAACGAAGACGAUAAAAACAAUUUGACAACUGCUACUUCACCCAUACUACUCUUCAAUUGUUCUCAAAUUAAUUCUAUUAACGAUAGUAAUCAAAAUAUAUUCCAACAAAAUGAUUACAUAAGUAAUUAUGUUAGUCUGAACAACAAUACUCUCUUUUUGAGCCAGAAUUUCCUUUUGGAUGUGAAACAGAAUUUAAAUAUACCAGAUAUUCAAAGAGAUAAUUUUAGUAAUAGUUCGGUUGUGGUUGCCUUUAUACUAGCUGUUGUUUGUGUAGGUGGUUGGAUGGUUAUUUUGAUUCUACUAAUGCUACCUACAAGGGAAAAGUACGAUUUUCAACACAAUAGCGAUCACAGUGAUACUAUGAAAACUAAUUUUUUCACAAAUGAUAAUGACGAUGAUACAAAAUCAUACUAUAAAAAUAGACUACGAAAAUCUACCAAUCACUUUGUCAAAAACACAUCCUCUGUUGCUACCGAAAACAUUUCAUCUACUAGCAAUAGUACUACUGGUAAAUUGUCUAAUACACAUUCAAAUUUGUUUUAUUUUUAUGUGCUGUACUUUGCCAUUACGCAUACAAUAAUAUUAAAAUUAUCUGAUAAAAAAGUGUUUUACCAACAAUAUAUCAAUAACUAUCAAGAUGUAGGUGAAUUUGUGUCGUUGGUUAUCAAUUCGACUUGGUACAAGAUUUUAAUCUUGUUUAAUACACUAUUGCAGGACCUAUGUUGGUUUGAGUUAAUCUAUCAUAUGAACUUUUAUAAAACACCCAAAUUUAAAAGAAAGUUUAAGAAAAAGGUCAUAACAGCUAUAUCUUUUAUUUUAAUUAUUAUCCAUAUAAUAUUUUAUUCUUUGCAUUGCUUUUAUAGCCACGUCGCCGAAAAUACUACCAUUGGUUUUGUAAACUAUGACGAACUUACAGGUUUGGAUUUUAUUUUAAAAAUAUUAAAGUAUUCCAUCGACAUUUUUAUUUUCACUUGUUUUACCGUAUUGGGCAUAUUUCCCUAUGUUUACAAGAGUUACCAAGAAUUAACUUUGCAAAAUUCGUUUGAAAAAUCAAACGUUAGUAUCGAUACAAGCGAUUAUAAUGGUCCAUUUAUCACUGCUAUUGUGCCAAAUAAGUUUUUCGUUCAUAAUUUACCCUUAUUAAUAUAUAAUGUACUUAUCAUUGGUAUUGUUUUCUGUUUGGAGUUUAACACGUUAAUAACUUUGAUAUUUGUUGAAGAAACUAAAAAAAUGAGUAAUUGGAUGGAAAUAUUGACUUCUUUCAUUAAGUUAAUCGUUACAGUUAAUAUGUGGGCUUUGAUUGGAAUGAUUGAAAGCCAACAAAGACUAUAUAACAAAUGGUCUGUAGUAGGUAAGAAGAUAGACGAAAGUGAUAAUGGCACUGCACUAUUUAUUAAUAAUAAUAAUCGGACUGCCAAGAAUGGUACAAUCAGUGGGCUUAUAAAUGGUGUGACAGAAUUUAGUGGGAGAGUAAACACAUAUAAUUUAUUUAGACCGCCAUCAUCUAUUAAGAAUAAUGUGGCGAAAAUACUACCGAAUCCAUUGCAGAAAGGUGGUAAAAGGACUUUAUCAGCCUUACCAAGAUUGAUUACAGAAUCCAAAAUUUUAAAUAUUAAUCAGAGAAACAGUGAAAACAUUAGAAAUAAUGUUGAUUAUAAUGUAGAAGGCACUAGUAACAUUGGGGAUAGGGAAAAAUCAAGUGAAAAGGAAAACGAGGCAGCAGCAAAAGGGCAAGAAGUAGAUGAUAUUAAAGUGAAAAUUAUACAUCAUGCGAUGGCCCACAAUUUAUCUGAUUGUGAAGAAGACGAGGAGGCCAAGUAUAGUAUAAAUGAUAGUAUGAAUACAGGCUUAAAAUAUCAACUUGAAGAGAAAAAAUUGAAUUUUAUGCUGAAAAUGAAAAAUUUAGGUACACAUAAGGAGACGAAAUAG